GCUAGCCGACUAGUAGCUUUGGCAAUGUUGUCACUAUCAGAAUGAUAUCGCAGCGGGACAGAGGAGAACUUGCUCGGUUUUAUACUGUCACAGACCCUAAAAAGCACCAGAAAGGCUAUACUGUGUACAAAGUCACCGCAAGGAUAAUCUCCAGGAAGAACCCAGAAGAUGUCCAAGAGAUAACAGUAUGGAAGAGAUACAGUGAUUUCCGGAAGCUUCAUCAGAAUCUCUGGCAGCUGCACAAGAAUGUAUGUAGCCAGUCAGAGCUGUUUCCUCCCUUUGCCAAGGCCAAAGUCUUUGGUCGUUUUGAUGACUCGGUGAUUGAGGAAAGAAGACAGUGCUCUGAGGAUCUGCUGCAGUUCUCUGCUAAUAUCCCUGCUCUCUACAGUAGUCAGCACAUCCAAGAUUUCUUUAAAGGCGGCGAGGUCCACGACGGCUCAGAGCUCAUUGGCCCCGCUGAGCCCUUUUCGGAUUUCCUGGCAGACAGUUUAUCAGACUGCAGCUCUGAUGUUCAAAGAGACAUCAGUGGGGCAGAUGAUUUGACUAUCACAUCUGAGUAUGGAGGCCCGUCCAGUGACAGCGACCUGACCUCCCUGGCUGUGGAUACAGACUCUUUGGCUGAGCUGGAUGAUGGCAUGGCCUCAGGCCGCACCUCCCCAAACCAGCCACAGGGGGGAGCUACCAACAUUAGUAGCAGCUGCAGCCCUCGCUUGCCCUCCCUGCACGAUCGCCGUACCCCAUCUCCUGCGCCUAUCCCUGCCUCCUCAGCCCCAAACCCAGAGGUCAGCUGGCCAGGCCGAACGCCGCUCUUCUCUGGCAGUUUGAAGAAAGCCAUCGGUGGCAACCCAAAGGACGUAAAGUCAGACUACCUAGACAAAGCCAGCGAGCUCAUCUGUCUGGCUGUACAGAAGGAGAAAGAGCAGGAUUACCAGGCAGCUUUUUCUUACUAUCGCAACGGAGUGGACCUGCUGCUGCAAGGAGUGCAAGGUGAGCCCAGUCCCACGCGGCGAGAGGCAGUGAAGAAGAAGACUGCAGAGUAUCUGAUGCGUGCAGAACAGAUAUCCAGUCAGCAUCUGAGAAGCAACAUGGGUCAAGGGUCAACGCAGACAGCGGCUUUGGGGGCACAGUGCUGCCCUUCCACCAGCAGAGGAGGCCAGCAGAGUCCAUCUGAAGAGCUGAGAGCUUACAGGGUGUUGGGGGUCAUAGAUAAGGUUCUUUUGGUCAUGGACAAGAGAACAGAAGAGAUGUUCAUCCUGAAAGGUCUGAGGAAGAGCAGUGACUGUGGGCGGACUAAGAGAACCAUCAUGCCUCACUCUGUGCCCCACAUGGUGCAGCUCAGGAAGUUCAUUGUCUCUGAAGACACGGUUUUCCUUCUGCUGCAGUAUGCUGAAGGUGGGAAAUUGUGGUCUCACAUUGGAAAGUACCUACGUAAUUCAAGCCCAGAGGAGAGCUUUGACAUUCCUUUCAUCCAGAAGAGCCACACAGCAGCUGUACACUCUCCGCAACAUGCUGUACCACAGCUGGAUGUAGGUUCAGCCAGUUCUGGUUCAGGGCCUGUUGCUGGUCCUGAUUCUGUCUCAGAGGUGCAGAAGGAGGGAAAAAACCUCACCGCAUCUCCCCUUAAGAGUGUUCUUCCUCCCAGGCUUAUGGAACAAACUGGGGCGCAGGCAGACUCUGGAGCCACCUCUGAGGAAGAGUGCACCAACAGUUACUUGACUCUUUGCAAUGAGUAUGAACAAGACAAAGUAGAACCAGAUGCACUAGAGGAAGGAGAAGAGAAGAGUGAACGGGAAAUGCUGUCACUGGAAGUGCCCAUUGCAACGACCACCACUUCCUCACGUAGCCGCUCACUGCUGAGCAACGACAGCCUCUCUUCACCUCUCAGCUCUCAGGAACUUGGCUUCUUCACCGAGUCGUCUGACAAAAGUGGCAACACCCAUGACAAUGAGCAAGACCGCGGCGAAGGACAGGACCACAGCGAAGUUUUUAGUCCUUUACCCUCCCCUGUUGUGCCUCUGUCUCUCGAUCAGUCCAAGCACACGCCAAUGGAGUUUUUCCGUAUUGACAGCAAAGACAGUGCAAGCGAGGUCACCUGCCUUGACUUGGGAGAGCAGCGCCCCCCUCAAAAGCAGGUCCCACUCUUUUCUACGUCUGACCUGGGAUCGGAUGUCACAGAGGAUCUUCCAGAGCUGGCUCAGGAAGUCAAGGGCCACAGCUCAGAGCUUUGGUGGUUGGACUGCAGUGAUAAAGGCUCCAACGAGUCCGUGCCAGUCAUUUCAUUUAAAGAGGCAGUAGUGGAGGAUGAUGGUCACCCGCCAGAUCUUUUGGUCAACCUUCCUGUAGUGAGUGGAACUGUUGACUCGUUACAGGAGGAAUUAGAGACUUCAGGAGUGUGUCUGGGUCUCGAGGCCACAGCCUCUCCUCAGAAGUUAAUCCAGCCUGAUGUUUUACAGCUUCACAGCCAGCCUGAGGAAGGGGAGGAGCAGCCACUGGAGCAGGAGCUUUCAUCUCUGUGUACAGCCUCUGCAACCUGUGACACCAGUGUUGCAUCUUGUUCUCCCCUCCCUUCACUGUGGGACGACUACAGCCUGACAUUUGGCCAAGAGGCCUCUGACAAAAUGUUUGUUGAUCCCGAAUGCCAAAAUAAUGACCUCCCCCUUGAUCCAGGAAUUCCGGAUACUGACCCACAUAGUGAGAAACCAGAAUCCGGUACAAGAGUAAACACAGACCCCAGUGCAGACUCCAUCCCAGCCACAAAUGAGACUGAGGCCUGUGCGGUGGUUGAGAGUUUAUUAGAUCUUGAUGGUGAAUCAUCAAGAGUUGUUAGUAAUACAGGUGGCGGCGAAUUUGAUAAAGAAGUAUCACGGCUGUUUGCAGAGCUGGACGAGCUGUCGUUGGCUGCGUCCCAAGCUCGUAUCCCAGAGGAGUUUGUGCAGUGCUGGGCCGUAGAGAUGGUGACAGCCCUGGAUUCUCUGCACCAAGAGGGCAUCAUCUGUCGAGACCUAAAUCCCAACAACAUAUUGCUCGACUACCAAGGUCAUGUUCAGAUCACUUACUUUUGUAGCUGGAGUGACGUGGAGGAGUCCUGUGACAAAGAGGCCGUUGCCAAUAUGUACUGUGCACCGGAGGUGGGAGGUAUCAGUGAGGAAACAACAGCGUGUGAUUGGUGGAGUUUGGGCGCCAUCCUGUUUGAGCUCCUGACAGGCAUGUCUCUGCUCCGGUGCCAUCCAGCAGGAAUCGGCCGCCACACGGCUCUAAACAUCCCCGAGUCUGUUUCAGAGGAGGCCAGAUCUCUGCUGGAGCAGCUGCUCCAGUACAACCCAAUGGAGAGACUCGGGGCAGGAGUGGGAGGCGUGGAUGAUAUUAAAUCCCACCCUUUCUUUGCCAGAGUAGACUGGCCCAAGUAGACGCUGUGCAUUGUGGGACUGCAGAAAACAGAGUUGCGUGCUGGGAAACUGGCAGUCCUGAAUGAACUCCCUUCAGACUGGACACACAAGCAGAUGUACAGUAAAUCCAGAUUAUGCAUUUCUGCACACAUCUCCCAUUUUGCAUAUGGCCAUUAGUCCCCAUGUACUUGAUUUUUUUUUUUUUUUUUUUAAUUUUUAUAGAGUGUGCCAAGCAGCAGUAUUACCUUCCCUGUAAAUUGCUCAUUUCUUUAUCUCUCGUUGAGGGUUUACUGUGUAACUUUUUUGGUGCAGGGAACACUUAACAACAUGUGCGGUGCAAUAAUUUAUACAGUAAGUGCUUGUACUGAGUGAUGAUCCACUACAGCAUUGUUGCUUUUACUCUCCUCAUACAGUAGCUGGAAGCCAAAAUGACACAACUGGAAGUGAGAGGUGACAUUUAGUCCUGUUUUCAUUGCAUUAAUUAAGUACUGUAUGUUAUCCAGUCUAACUGACACAGACUUAAGUCACCUUUCGGAAAAACCCAUGUGCAAUUUGUUGCCACCUAUAACACUCAUGUCGUUCCUCAUGGUGCACAUUGAGAUUAAAUUGGGACAUCUUGAGCUUUUGCUUUAAUGCUGGGGUUGUGUUGUUGCUGUGAUGCUUAACAAUACUCAUUUCCUACAACACUGUCAAACUUUUUUUUUUUUUUUGCGCCAACCCCUUUUACUGCCAACCAGGCCAUGUAUGGUAACAGAUGGACACUAUGCAAGGUGAAUGAACAAAAUCUCCUGAGUUUCGAGGUUUUGAUUUUGAUUCUGAGUGAUGAACUAUUUAUAUUAAGAUUGAGUUAUUUAAUGGAUUAUAGCUAAAAAAAAAAAAAAAAAUUAUUAAAUAAAAAGGGCCAGUUAAACAAAGAGAGCCUUUUGUCUGUGUGGACAGUGAGACUUUUUCAUUCAGGAAAGACAGAAUAAUGAAGGCUCAAUCAAGGCUUGAACCACACAUUUGAAAUCAGUCCAUUUACAGAUUGUAGUUGAUUUUAUGAAUAUCAGAGGAAGCUCUCUGUACUGUACAACAUUGCAUUUUGUGCAUGUAAGAAUAUGAUUUAUGUAAUAUAUUUAAUACUAUGAAAAAUCUAUCGAACAAUAAAUAGUGUUUUGUAAAUAAACCUUUUAAAGGAUGUUGUGCUGAGUGAAAGGUACACCCAGGUGUCACAGCCUUGAUUAUGUUCAACUUGUCAAUCACAUACUGCCUCAUCAAUCACAAUCAAUGUGUUUGAGCAACACAUCCACUAACCUGCCACAUAGAGCUUAAUCCUGAUUUUAUAGUAUCUAUAAUGACUGAAUGAUAUGGUAAACAUUUUCAUGGUAACAUUACAGGCCAUAUAUUAUCACUUGUAUAAUCAGAUGACACAAACACAUUUCUCUUAACAAUACUCAGAUAAUCACUCCACUGUAGAAGCUGCACUGUUUACUCCACUGUAAUGUUAACAGACAAUGUAAAUAAUCCAUCUUCAGUUCCACUUAUUAACCCUUUUUAUCAGACAUAAACAUCACAGUGGGAUCAGAUUUUUUUCUGGUUUCUAUUGAAUGCCCACUCUUGUCUGUGCUGUAUGUCUGUGCCGGUCUGUCAGUGCAUUCUGGAAAACAAUAAACAUACCUGGAUGAGUACAUGAA